CAGACGUUCACGGAGGGCGCUACCUGCUGCAGAGCUGCGUAAGAAACGGCCACGUGAUUCUCUGCGCAGCUCCCAAACGCGACCUGAGUCGUGAAACUGCCGCGAGAGGAAUUGGACCCCCGGUCUUCCAUCUGAGGCGCCCGGGUCGUGUCUAGCCUACGUUUUAAUCCAUCAAGCCAGAUCGAUCAGUCUGCUCCUCAAAGAACCCGGCCCCCGCCGUCCUUUCGCUCCUUACCACCGUUCGCUGCGUGCCAUAUCCUCCGUCAGCAUCCAUGAGAUAACCAGGGCUUCCUCGAAUUUCCCUGUCGCUGCCCCUGCCGCGUACUCGGCCUCCGCUCAGAGCGUCACGCAUCAUUGGCUUUUGGCCUCUGGCCAUGCAAACAUGUCUAGAGUCUCUACGCCGUCGCUGCCGCUGUACAACCCCUCUCAUGGCCCAGACUCGGCCCCCCGUGCAGCAACGCCCUUGCUGUCCCCUCCAGAGCCGCACCGACGGUCAACACCAUCGUCAAUAACGUCGCAAUUCUCCCUGCUAUCCUCCCAUGAAACCGCACGGAAACUCGAAACGUCAGUAGCCCGCGGCCUCUCCUCGUCCACCGCGUCAGCACGAAUCCAUACCCAUGGCCUCAACGAGCUUCCUCACGAGGACCCUGAGCCCCUAUGGCUCCGAUUUCUCAAACAAUUCAAAGAGACACUGAUACUGUUGCUGCUCGGCUCGGCUGCCGUGUCUCUUGUUAUGGGCAACCUGGACGAUGCCGUCAGCAUAGCGGCCGCAGUAACAAUCGUGGUGACUGUGGGAUUCGUACAAGAGUACCGGUCUGAGAAGUCACUGGAAGCUCUGAACCAGCUUGUUCCUCACUCCGCGCAUGUUAUUCGCGCUGGAGCGGAGCAAUCUCGAAGUGGUCGGGUCUCAAACGGCGUGGGCGCUGGGAAUGAGGGAUUGGACGAGGUCAAGGAUACACCAGCCUCGUUGGAGGCUGCUGAAGGCCGCUCGAGCACUAUUUCUGCCACUCUACUAGUACCGGGUGACUUGGUGCUCUUCCACACCGGCGACCGUAUCCCCGCGGACAUCAGAAUAACCCACGCUGCCGACCUUACGAUCGAUGAAUCCAACUUAACGGGAGAGAACGAACCCGUUCCCAAGUCGCCAGACGCCCUCGAGCGCGCGAAUAGCCUUCAGCGGCCGCAAUCACCCUUCUACGCGUCCCCUGCUGCUGGCACCGUUGGCGCUGAUAUCCGCUUGAAUGACCAGAAAAACAUCGCUUUCAUGGGAACUUUGGUCCGGUCUGGUUACGGACAAGGCUUGGUGAUUGGUACCGGCGGCAACACUGAGUUUGGCGCUAUUUCUGCCUCGCUUCAAGAGAUCGAGAGCCCGCGAACUCCAUUGCAGCUUUCAAUGGACGCUUUGGGGAAAGAGUUGAGCUACAUGUCAUUUGGCGUCAUUGCAUUCAUCAUUUUGCUAGGCUUCUGGCGAGGAUGGGAGUUUUUGGAGAUGUUCCAAAUCGGCGUUUCCCUGGCCGUUGCUGCUAUUCCCGAGGGCCUGCCCAUCAUCGUCACCGUUACUCUCGCUCUGGGCGUGCUUCGCAUGUCGAAGCGAGAUGCCAUUGUGCGCCGUCUGCCAAGUGUCGAGACACUGGCAUCUGUCAAUGUUGUAUGCAGCGAUAAAACAGGCACUUUGACCACAAACCAUAUGACAGUGACCAAAAUCUGGCAUUUUGACGAGCUCUCCCCCAUAGACGUGAAGAAAAAGCAUGAUUCGGAAGCCCUCGACUCUCCAACACGCAAUAUCUUACGGAUAGGCAACAUCGUUAACAACGCACGGCUUGUGGGGCCUCAAGCAGCGUCCACGGCCGCCGUUCUAUCAUCCACGAUUGGCGACGACAACUCGGGAGCGAAGAGCCGAUGGGUCGGGCAACCGACUGAUGUUGCUCUUUUGGACCUCCUCGAUGCUUUCAGUGAAGACGACGUGAGAGAGAGACUCGGCACUCGUCUAUAUGAAACACCUUUUAGCUCCGAGAGGAAGUGGAUGGGUGUUGUCAUCAGUGGGAGUGCGGGUGCCGACCUGGCGCCUGGUCCGGAUGUGGCGUAUAUCAAAGGUGCUUUGGAAAAAGUGCUCGAUCGUUGCGAUACGUAUGUCAAUGCUCAGGGACAGGAGGUGCCAUUGGAUCAGGGUCUAAAACAAGAAGCGGUCAAGGCCGCCGACGUAAUGGCCCAAGAUGGGCUGAGAGUGCUGGGCUUUGCCAGCGGUUCCAAGUCUGGCCGCAAGGGGACCAGUGGCGCAGCAUCACCGGCACCCUCCAGUGUUUCGGCGCUAGGUGAUGACGAACACUAUCGAGGCCUGGUGUUUGCCGGCCUCGUAGGCAUGAACGAUCCUCCCAGAAAGGGGGUAGAAAAGGCCAUUCGGCGCUUGAUGGCUGGUAAAGUCAAGGUUAUCAUGAUCACUGGAGAUGCCGAGACAACGGCGGUUGCAAUUGGCAGAAAGCUCGGUAUGCCGAUCACCAUGAACUCGUCCAUGGGACGGUCCGUCAUACGCGGGGAUGAGUUGGAUCAGAUGAGCGAGGAAGAGCUCUCACAAGCCAUCGCAACAACCUCGAUAUUCGCCCGUACCAGUCCGGAACACAAGAUGAAGAUUGUGCGCGCUCUACAAGCUCGUGGCGACGUCGUAGCGAUGACCGGCGACGGUGUCAACGAUGCCCCGGCCCUGAAAAAGGCAGAUAUUGGUAUCUCCAUGGGACGUCUCGGCACCGAUGUCGCAAAAGAAGCUGCCGACAUGAUCCUCACUGACGACAACUUCGCGACUAUCCUCAACGCCAUCGAAGAGGGCAAGGGCAUCUUCUACAACAUCCAAAACUUCAUCACUUUCCAGCUUAGCACAUCCGCCGCAGCACUAAGUCUUGUCCUCCUCAGCACCUUCCUCGGUUUCCAGAAUCCGCUCAACGCCAUGCAGAUUCUCUGGAUAAACAUCCUUAUGGACGGCCCACCCGCGCAAUCCCUGGGCGUUGAACCCGUCGACCCUGCCGUGAUGUCGCGUCCUCCGCGCCCCCGCCAAGCGCGUGUCCUCACGCGCGCCCUCAUCCAGCGCGUCCUCCAAUCCGCCUCCAUCAUCAUGCUCGGGACCCUCUUCACCUACUACCGCGAGAUGAGCGAUGAUGGUGAGAUCACCGCCCGCGACACUACCAUGACAUUCACCUGCUUCGUCCUCUUCGACAUGUUCAACGCACUCACCUGUCGUUCUGAAUCCAAGAGCGUCCUCGCUGGCGAAAUCCAAGUCUUCGGCAACAAAAUGUUCAAUUAUGCGGUAGCCGGGAGUUUGCUGGGACAACUUAUGGUUAUCUAUUUUCCACCGCUGCAGAGCAUUUUUCAGACGGAGGCACUGGGGCUGCUGGAUAUAGUGCAUCUGGUUGCGGUGGCGAGCUGUGUGUUUUGGGCAGAUGAGGCGAGGAAAUGGUUGAAGAGGAGGGGGCUGAGUAGAGGCAUGCCCGGGGGAUAUAGCGCUAGUGUAUGAUAUUGUGGUGUCGAAGGCUUCGGCAGGCUUGGAUAGUAGGCUGUCGGGCAUGGAAUAGAGAAUAGUAAUGAGCAUUUUCAUGUCUCGGAAAUGCUGGUCAU